AUGGUUUAUUCAGUAAGCAAGCUGGCCACGCUGGGGCGCAUCUUCAAGCCCUGGAAGUGGAGGAAAAAGAAGAAUGAGAAGCUAAAGCAGAGUUCCACAGAUGUAGCAUUAUCCAGCAAUCUUCUAUGCCACGACCCGAGCUCCCCCACCCAGGGCUGCUGCUCAGACGGUGCAGUCCUGCUUGGAGGAUUCGGGGGACCCUUGAACUCAAACCUCACAGUCAGCAGUGUGGAAUACCUUGGUCCUGAGGAGGAGCUUCCCCCUCCAGUAGCUGCCCCUCUUCAGGACUGUGAACGGGUGGAGGAGAAUGUACUAACACCGGAGGAGGAGGGAAGUGAGGAGGUGCAGCCUGUCGGGGAUUUACCUGAGGGGCUGAAGGAUAUGGGCGAGCAGAUAGAAGAAAGACCAGAGGAAGAGAUUCCUCCAGGAACGUCCCCACCACAAGUACCUCCCAAACUUUUUCCGCUGCUGAGUACUGGAGAUGAUUCAGGCCCUGUGUCGCUCCCUGCUCACCUGCCCAACUCCUACCUCCCCAAGGAGCCUCCGCCCAGGGCCACAGAAAGCAUGCUUUCAAUGACCCUGCCGCUACGAGGGCACCUAACCAACACCUCAGGGUCCCCACAUAUAGGCAAUAUGAUGCAUCCUCCCAUGCCCCCUAGCUGCAUUAUGGAGGAACUGCAGAGAGCCUUCGCUUCCAAGAACAGACACGAGAGUUCCCGCGAAGGGUGUGAGCAGGCCUCACCCCAAAGGCUGUGGUGUUCAGAUGGACGUCUCUCUCGCUCCUGCAGCUCUGAGAACCAACACAAAUCGUCUUUUGGGGGCGGCUGUGUGGGAGGUGGAAGGUCCGACUGGCCCAAGAAGGAGGCGGAGGAGAAUAAGGAGAACAUGCGGCUGGACCAGUGCUUCUCCAACACCUCAGGCCUCCCCAACGACUUAGAAGAAUGGAAUGACUCCGUCAUCUCUGGUACACUUCCUCGCAGGCUAAGGAAGGAGUUGCUGACUGUCAAACUACGAAACAGGCCCAGCAAGCAGGAGUUGGAAGACAGAAAUAUCUUCCCAGUCAGGAGUGACCAGGAGCGCCAGGAAAUUCGCCAGCAGAUUGAGAUGAAACUUGCCAAGAGGCUGAGCCAGAGACCCAAUGUGGAGGAGCUGGAGAGUCGGAACAUACUGAAACAGAGAAACGACCAGACAGAGCAAGAGGAGAGGAGGGAGAUCAAACAGCGGCUAAACAGAAAGCUCAACCAGCGGCCCACGGUAGACGAACUACGAGACAGAAAGAUUCUGAUCCGCUUCAGUGACUAUGUGGAGGUGGCCAAAGCUCAGGACUAUGACAGGAGAGCAGACAAGCCCUGGACCCGGCUCUCGGCAGCAGACAAGGCUGCAAUCCGAAAAGAGCUCAACGAGUUCAAAAGCACCGAGAUGGAAGUGCACGCCUCAAGCAAACACCUUACGAGGUUCCACCGGCCAUGAAAGUGGGGCGUUUCUUCUGUGAAGAAAUGCUGAGCUUUGACUUUUUCUGAAGCUGAGCAGCGGCAGACAGUUCAGAGAACCUGGGGGCCUAUUUGUCUUCAGCGUGUCUUUAGGAUUCUUCCAGCACCCUUGACUAUCAUAUCACCCGUAUGAGGGCACGGGUGUGAGAGAGGAGCGGAUGGAAAUGUUUGCGGCAGUGUGUCCUGGAGACUACUGAAUGUCGCCACAUGGAAGCUGGCUGGUGAAAGAGGACUCUAGUGGCUCUGACUCUCAGGAUGAGAGCGGAGGGAGAAAAAAAAAACCCCAAUUAUGUCAUUCAGUCAGUGUUGUUUUUUUUGUACUAUUUCAUGGACUCCUUUGACAAGGCGGUGUCGUUGGAAGAAGUUGAGCAUGUGACCAGCUUCACCUUUUCUUAACUGAUGAAUAAUGUGUCACUUGGACUGUGUAGAGACUGUGCAGUCUCUGGGAGGUGGUAUCGGGAAUGAAUUUUGAUAUCAACUGUACAUACAGUAUGUCAAUCUGAAUGGGACGUCAAUGUCUUCGCUGAAAAGAGAAAUACCUUUGUAAGCACUACUUGUCUUCAAAAUACAAGGUCUUUUUUAAGAAUGGCUUAUCUCUUUUGUAAACAGUUUUAUUUUCAAUGAAGAAUCAGGUUGAAGACCCAUUUAAAAACAACUGAUAGAUUUAACAAUUUCAUUGUUUUAAUGAAUUGGCACUUUUCAGUACUUUACUAAUCUACAUGAAUAAAUCAGGAAUUUGUAUUGAAAAUGUCACAGAGCCGAACUUACUUACUUUGAAAGAACACUAAAAAUGAUUGAAUUCAUAAACUUCAUCAAAUAAUAAAUAUCAGAAUAACAUGACAUUUGUAAUAAAAACAAACAUAGAGCAACAACACAGCCACUUCAGAAUAAACCAACACAUCCACGUACAAUUAAAGCAGAACCUGGAACAAUCGGUACUAAAGGCAAACACUUUAAAAUGAAACCAGCACAGCGGAAGUACACAGUGCAGUGUACAUCAUGUGGUGAAAUACACAACCUUGUUUAUAGUGUAGGACUUUGUUGGCUCCAUCAGGGGAAAAACAAAGCAUGCAGGCCUCUCUUCACACCCUGGAGCUCGCCCUCUUGCUACAGAAAGCACACAAGCACAAAUAAUUCAUCAUUAAAAUCAUCUGAGUCAUAAAUUCUCUCAAGACUGCAUGUUCUGUACAGGCUUCCGAAAUGAGUGAAGGACACACAAUGAAAGCCAGUCUAAUUGUUCUGGUGUAAUCUAUGCUGAAGGGUCACCUGUGUCGUGUCUACUCACCAUCUCGCUGAGGAGUCUGUCCUGAACUGACUUCAUGUCAUUUCGUAUCAUGCACAUCUGAGGACAGCAGGCAGAUCAGCAGGGUUUUAGGGGUGGUAACAUAGAAUAUGACACAGUCGGGACAAAUGGGACGAGUUGAAACACGGGACAAUGAGAUAAGCAAAAUGUUAUUAAUGCAACUCAGGGAAAGCUGACAGGCAGAGGUAACGGAAAAAAAAUUGAUGAGCUAGGAAUAAAAAUUUCAAAGUUCAAAGCCACCUGAGCUUCGGGUUUACCCAGCAAAUUAGAAGCUAACACUCGGGCAACACAAUGAAGCACAUAUUAGAUUAGUUUCAGUCUGAGGGGCACACCUGGGAAGUGAAUAUCCUCUCCUCGUACUCCACACUGUGACACACGUUACUCUGCAGGGCGUUCUUCAAGGCCUCAUGUCUGGAAGGAAGGCGACGGACAGUCACACAACCAAAUGAGGGAGGUGGGAAAACACAAAAGCUCAAGGUAAAAUAAAAAUGUCAAUAUAAUGCGGUUCAAUGGGAAACACUGAUAAACAUUAAAUGCACUAUUUUCUAAAAACUGCACUUGGUGAGGAAACAACGUCUGGUAAAGCAGAGAGCCUAUGAUUAAGUCAAGGAAUCUACAUUUACGGCUAUUUAUGUGUGCGAGUUGCCAAAAUAAAGCAGCUAACCCACCUCACACAUCACUUCUUUAAGUGUUUUUUUUAGCACCAAUUGAGACAUUAAUUAAGAAAGAACAAUUGUAAAAAGAAUAACUUGUGAAGUUAAGAAAUAAUGUUGACAUUUUCUGACCAGACUAACAUGUAUGACAAGACACUGAUUGGAUCAUGGGGUUAACUCUUCGACAGGAAGUUCAUGAGAUCGGUCGCGUGUGCGUCCCUCUGUGUGUGUGCACCUUUGUGUCUGUCCACGGCUAAUCUCGCAUUGUGCUGC